UGGGCCGCGUUCGUGGUUGGCCCAGGCCGCGGGCCCCGGGGGCGGGGCAAGGCCGGCCGGACCCGCCGGGAGGAGUCGGGGGAGGAGGCAGCGGCGGGGGCAGGCGCCGAGCCUGGGAUUCGAUCUGUGGCCCCACCGCGGGCUGGACCAGCGGCGUUCCCGUGCUCCCCGGCCUGCGCCCACCCGCGGAUCUGGGUCCCCCAGGCCGAGGCGCCUGCAGCCGCGGGAGGCCAGUGGGGUGGGCGGAGGGAGGAUCGGAGGGCGCGGGCGCCCUGUGCGCGGAGGAGGCGUGAGGCGGCCGGGGGCCGGGACGCCAUGUCCAUGGAGGACCCCUUCUUUGUGGUGAAAGGGGAGGUGCAGAAAGCAGUCAACACUGCCCAGGGAUUAUUUCAGAGAUGGACAGAGCUCCUCCAGGACCCGUCCUCGGCCACAAGGGAGGAAAUCGACUGGACCACCAACGAGCUGAGAAACAACCUCCGAAGCAUAGAGUGGGAUCUGGAAGACCUGGAUGAAACCAUCAGCAUAGUCGAAGCAAAUCCUAGAAAAUUCAAUCUCGAUGCAACCGAAUUGAGUAUAAGAAAAGCCUUCAUCACAAGUACUCGGCAAGUUGUCAGGGACAUGAAGGAUCAGAUGUCAACUUCAUCUGUGCAGGCAUUCGCUGAAAGAAAAAAUAGACAGGCACUGCUGGGGGACAGUGGCGGCCAGAACUGGAGCACUGGAACACCGGAUAAAUACGGGCGCUUUGACCGCGAGCUCCAGUUAGCCAACUCCCAUUUCAUCGAGGAGCAGCAGGCACAGCAGCAGCUGAUCGUGGAACAGCAGGAUGAGCAGUUGGAGCUGGUCUCUGGCAGCAUCGGGGUGCUGAAGAGCAUGUCCCAGCGCAUUGGAGGGGAGCUGGAGGAGCAGGCAGUUAUGCUGGAUGACUUCUCUCAUGAGUUGGAGGGCACUCAGUCUCGGCUGGACAAUGUAAUGAAGAAACUUGCAAAAGUAUCUCACAUGACCAGUGAUCGGCGCCAGUGGUGUGCCAUAGCCAUCCUCUUUGCGGUCCUGCUGGUCGUGCUGGUCCUCUUCCUAGUGCUGUGACCGCAGGGCCACACGCGCUUCCUCCUGCACACGGACCCCGGGGAGGAGCAGCGUGCGCACGGUGCCGGCUCCUGCCCUCCGGCUCUUGACAUCCUAGUCUGCACUGACCUUUGUCUCGGUGACCCCCCACAAUUGAGGCAGCUCCUCCGACCCAGCGCUGGAGGGGCCAGCGGGAAGAGAGGAAACAAGUGCACACUCCAGGCGUCACCUGUCCUGUCCUGAGGACAGCUCACCACUGCUUUGCCUCCCUGGACCUCGUCCCCCGUGCGGGGCCUCUGAGGGAUCCAGAACAGUUUGCAGACUUAGCUCGCGUUCGCUGCUGCUUGUCUCCUCCCGUCUUGGCAACUCUUCUCCUGCUCCUGCCCUCGCCUCCCUGCUCAGAGAGCAGCCCCGGUCCCACCCCGAAGAACCCUGUUGGGAAUGGGGCUCCUGGCCACUCCAUUGCUUCUCGGGGGAGCUUCCUUAUCCCCUGAGAGCUGGUCAUUAUGGAGUUACGGCCCAGAAGCAGUUUGCGACAGGUAAUGCGGUGGUUCAUUUUUCAGGGACAAAAUUGCUUUUCUGGGCACACUUUUUUUGUGGCGAGAAUAACUAAUAGAGAGUAAUGAAAAGCACCAGGCUUCGGAAGUGCUGACGACCCGUGUCUUGAAUAGAAGUGAGGCAGGGCAGCGGGACCGAGUGUGCACACCUGGGGGAGGGUGGGCACGGGCUGGCUGAGUCCAUGUGGCUGUCCUACGGCCACCUCCCCAGAGGCGCACCUGUGUUUUUAGUAUGACGUUAAGUACAUGGCUGCUGAGCGGCACACUUGAGUGGAUUAAGAUCCUGUGAUAGUCUCCCUUGGCAGGAUGGGGUUGGGAGUGAUUAGUACAUUUAUUACAUUUAUUACAUUUAGUCAGAAACUGUAAUGACAAAAAAGGCUAGUUCUGGACCAGGCUUCUCUUACCCUGUGAGUAAUGGCAAGAAGGAGUAGGUGAACUUAGUAUUGUUCCCUAAGAUGACAACUCGAUUUUUAUCAUCCGUUCAAAUAACUGAGCCAGUCCAACUUUAAACAGAUGUAUCAGUUGAAUUUUAGUUACUGAGACACUAAACCUCAAACUCCUGGUGACUUUGUAAAUGCCUCCGACGUGCACGUGUUCAUAGGAUACUUUGAAAACCUCCCUGAUGAAUAACCUAACAUCGGAAAGCAGCUGGUCCCGGAGCCGGAGCGGAGCCCGAGCCCGAGCCCGAGCCCGAGCCCGAGCCCGAGCCCCAGCCCGAGCCCGAGCCCG